AUGGCAAAUCCGAUAUUUCCGUCACGUUUCAAUGCUACAACACCAAUGCCAGCGGUCGAAUCAGAGGCCAUGUGCAUAGUUCCUGGCGGUCGUCCCGGCAUGACCACGUGCUGCGAGCGAUUCGGCAACAGUACGGUGCAAGUCGUAGAUGACUGCUGGACCUGGUACGACGUCUCCGUCCCGACCGUACACGAUCCCAAUUACCCGUUUUUCGACUGCAUCAGAUAUAUCGCGCCCGUCACCGGCUAUAGUUGGAUGGCUUGCCAGACUAUGCAUCCGUCGUGGGACAAAAACACUACUUGGACGACGGCUACUCCUUCACCCAUAUCAAGGCCGACCCCCUCCGCCAUUCCGACUUCUUCGGCGACCCAAGCACCGGCACGGACAAACGCGGCAGCGCCCAAGAAGAGCAUAAGCUUGAUGAUUGUCCUUGUCUCUACUAUUCUCGUCGGAGGUCUUAUGUCGUCGGGAGCUCUUUUCAACUCGUCCUGA